AUGGCCAAAUCCGGGCGAAAGAUUCAGCUGGUCCGCAUCGCACACGUCUACUAUCGGCACAAAGACUGGGAGAAAGCACACGAUUUCUUGAAGGACUUCGGCUUCGAGGAAUGCAAGAGGACCGACGACAAGAUUUACUAUCGCGGCUAUGGCCGCGAACCCUUUGUCUACUGCUUGGUCAAAAGCGACAGAGAUGAAUUCGGUGGAGCCGCUUUUGUGGUCGAGUCUGAGGAUGACUUGAACCACGCUUCCCAAGCACUGCCGGAUGCUACCGGGCCGUACGAGUUGAAGGACGCUCCCGGCGGCGGGAAAUGUGUCACGUUCAAGGAGCCUGUCGACGGGUUCGAGAUGCAUUUGGUCCACGGCCAAGCCCCUGCGCCCGAUGAAAAAGUCCUGCCAGAGCUCGCCUUCAACUAUCCCACCCAGAAGCACAGGCCCGAGGGCAAGUUCCAGCGCUUCGAACAGAAGCCGGCCCCUGUCCACAAACUUGGCCAUUUCGGACUCUGUGUCACAGACUUCAACAAGGCUUACAGCUUCUACCACGAACACUUCAACUUCAUCGACAGCGAGCAAAACACCAACGACAAGGGAGAGAACGUGACUGUCUUCAUGCGACUUGACCGCGGCAAGGACCCCGUUGACCACCACACCUUCUUCUUCUUCUCCGGACCGAGGGCUCCGCAUGUCCACCAUUCAUCAUUUGAGACUCAUGACUUCGACACCCAAGUCCUCGGUCACGAUUGGCUGCGGCACAAGGGCUACGAGAACUGUUGGGGUGUUGGACGCCACAUCAUGGGCAGUCAAAUUUUCGACUAUUGGUUUGACCCGUCAAAGUUCAUUCUGGAACAUUACGUGGACGGGGAUCUGCUCGACAACGAACAUCCAACAAAUGUCACCCCAGCUUCUCCGGACAGCCUACACGUGUGGGGCCCUGACUUGCCACCCACGUUCCUGACUUAA